CUUAGAUAGUUGGUCAAUAAAAAAUAACUAUCAUAACAUUUGUAUGAAUAAAAAAGAUUAUAACCUCAACCACGUUGCUUCAAAGAAUAAAUAAACUUAUAUCUAGAUGGAGAAUACCGAUGCUAGUUCAAGUAAAGAACCUCUUACUAGUACAGAUGAACCUGCUACCAGUAAAGAUGAUAAAGAAAGAGAUACAGAAAUGGAGGAAGUGUUUAAACGAAUGGAGGAACACGGCAACAACACAGUAGAUAAUCUUAUCAAAUGGAUGAUAGAGGCGAAGAUCGUGAUGGACAAAGCAGGAGAGGAAGCUGCUAGGGUUCUAUUUGAAGGUGCAGAGAAAGGCAAGGUGAAGGCAGAAGAGUUCAACGAGGUAUUGGAACGAACGGCGGAGCAGCAGAGCCGCGACAUGGAUGAGUUCAUGCAGCAGCUCAAGACAGGUGGCAAGAAGUUUCUGGAAGCCCUGAAGGCGGGAGCGAAGGCCUUCGAAGAACACAUGGAGAAACAUAAGAAGGAAAAGGAAAACAAUUAGAUGCUAAUAAAAUUUGAUUUUGUGAUGAGA